GUAAAUAGUGACGACCGUCUGUGUGCGCUGUCAGAUUAGAGUUUAAUCCGUGUGGUUACGGUCAGAACGGGAACAAUAGCUAGUUACACCUGGAACAGGGCUCGAUAACCGCGAGGAAACGCUGGUUUGAAAGCGACAGGUUUUAUGGAUGAAUCAUCUAAGUAAUCCAAGCAAUUUGAUAAUGAGGUUACUGACUAACGUUUUCAUUAGCAUUCAAAUGGACUGCAAGUUAUUUGUCAAUCUGAUACCCAGCUAGUUUGCUAGCUAACUCUUAAAGUCGAAAAUCGCAAUAACUUUAUCCACUAAGUAAAUAGUCAAGACUUUUGCUACACGGGACAAUCACCACUUCUCCGUUUUCUAUGGUCCAUAUCAAUUUGUAACAUUUUGCCACGGAUUAACGCUGUUAGUGUUAGCAAUCGAACCUAAUCAAAUCAAUCCUCUCUGGAAGAAAACAAAUCUCUAUUCACUCUCAUAACUUCAAGACGGAGUAACCAGCUUGCACUACAAACUAGCUAGUAAAACUAGCUCAUCAAACUUGGUCCUGAGUGGAGGCCAGACGGAACUAACAUGUCUGGAAAAGACAAAGACAAGGAGAACGCCGGAGAAAAACAAUCUACAACUGAGCGGCUCGUAAAAGCCGUGCCGUACCCUCCCCAGCAGCGUCUCUCUAUGAAGGAGCUGUUUGAGGAUGGCAAGCCCAACGCAGAGACGCUCCGCACCCACCUAGUGAAGGAGGGCCGGCUGGAGGAAGAGGUGGCCCUCCGGGUCAUCAACGACGGCGCCAACAUCCUGAGACAGGAGAAAUGCAUGCUGGAGGUAGAGGCACCCAUCACAGUGUGUGGAGAUGUCCAUGGCCAGUUCUUUGACCUAAUGAAGCUGUUUGAAGUGGGAGGCUCGCCCAGCAACACACGUUAUCUGUUCCUGGGAGACUACGUAGACCGAGGCUACUUCAGUAUCGAGUGUGUGCUGUACCUCUGGUCACUCAAGAUCAAUCACCCGACCACACUCUUCCUCCUGCGAGGGAACCACGAGUGCCGGCACCUCACGGAGUACUUCACCUUCAAACAGGAAUGUAAGAUCAAGUACUCAGAGCGCGUGUACGAUGCCUGCAUGGAAGCCUUUGACUGCCUGCCACUCGCUGCUCUCCUCAACCAACAGUUCCUGUGUGUACAUGGUGGGCUCUCACCAGAAAUCAACUGCCUAGACGACAUUAGGAAAUUAGACAGGUUUAAGGAGCCUCCAGCAUUCGGCCCUAUGUGUGACCUGAUCUGGGCUGACCCAGGAGAGGACUACGGUAGUGAGAAGACAGCAGAACACUUCAACCACAACUCUGUUCGAGGCUGCUCCUACUUUUUCAGUUACCCGGCAGUAUGUGACUUUUUGAUAAAUAAUAACUUGCUGUCGGUAAUAAGAGCACACGAAGCACAGGAUGCAGGGUAUCGGAUGUACAGAAAAAGCCAGACUACAGGCUUUCCUUCAUUAAUUACAAUCUUCUCGGCACCAAAUUACCUAGAUGUAUACAACAACAAAGCUGCUGUAUUAAAGUAUGAGAACAAUGUGAUGAACAUCCGGCAGUUCAACUGCUCCCCCCACCCCUACUGGCUGCCCAACUUCAUGGACGUCUUCACCUGGUCUCUGCCUUUUGUUGGAGAGAAAGUGACAGAGAUGCUGGUGAAUGUGCUGAACAUCUGCUCAGAUGAUGAACUCAUGUCAGAAGGAGACGACCUGUGUGAAGAAGAUGGUGGAAUCCCAGCAGUGCGCAAGGAGGUGAUCCGGAACAAGAUCCGAGCCAUCGGGAAAAUGGCCAGAGUCUUCUCUGUUCUCAGGGAGGAGAGUGAGAGUGUGCUGACACUCAAAGGACUGACCCCCACUGGGUCGCUGCCUCUAGGAGUGUUGUCAGGGGGCAAAGAGACCUUGCAUACCGCCGCCGCUGAGGCAGCGGAGGCAAAAGCUAUUCAAGGCUUCUCUCCCACGAGGAAGAUCAAGGACUUUGCGGAGGCGCAGAGCCUGGACAAAGUCAACGAGAGGAUGCCCCCACGCAAGGAUGGCCAGCAGCCAGUCAACCCAAACGCCCCCAAGAAUGGCACAGACUAGGCCCGGAGAGUGACCCCCCCCCCCCCCCCCAGACCCAGGCCAUACACCAAAACUAUCUUCUCUCUGUUUUCUAUCUCUCUCCCUCUCUCUAUAUCUCCCUCAUUCUCUCUCCCUCUCUCUAUAUCUCCCUCAUUCUCUCUCUCUCUCUCCCUCUCUCUAUAUCUUUCUUUAUUUCUCUCUCUCUCUGUCCCAUUGUGACUCUUCACCCAGCUGGCCUAUAGUUGGACAAGCACGGGACAUAUAGGUAGGGAAGACACCACCACACUGGGAGAAUGGUUUCAGCCACCACAGAGUACAACCAUGAAAAUAAACAAAAAAACGAUUUUAUUUAUUAAAUUAAUUAUAUUAGGUAUAUUAUGUAACGCUACAAUUGAAUGAAAGCAUACAUUUCUAAGAUGUUCAAAUAAGCAUAUAACUAUGGUAAAUGUCAAAGAUAAAGACCAUUUUGUAAAUAUGAGUUGAUGAUUGAGGUAGCUAGUGAAGGAGACCUUAUCCUUUAUUAGUCAAUUCAAGUGUUUCUAUUGUUAUUUUAUGUGCUUUGCAAGGGGAAGUUGACUGAAUCUACAGAUAUCUACAGUUUGUGUGCUCUCAUACAUGUUUGUCCAUUUAAAGUAUAUUAUGUGUUUAGUAGAGAGAAAAUAAUGAAGGGAAUGAUUUGACACCAUUGCGGAAGAUUAUUUUAUACCUCCAGCAGAAGUUCAGUAAAACGGUUUUGUUCUUUUGUCCAAUUUCUUUGGUAAAAACCUUGAAACCACUGAAUGCUAUUUAUGCUGCUUUGGGUCAACUUGUUGCUCCUAUAUUUUAUAGUUAUGUUGAACAGGAUUUCAUUUGACAACCUUUAGUCAAUCCUUGAGAAACUGCCCAGAGUUUCCAAAUGAUUUGUCAAAAAAAUGGGGGAAAAAAGACUAUGGAAGAAUUGAUCCUAGUUUGCUACGAUCAUUGAUGUGAUGUAUCAAUGGACGGUGAUUCGUUUUUCUAGUGUUAGGUGUUCUGCAUAGUUGUUUGCAAGCUGUCACUAACCAACAGUUACUGCCAGUGUGUUUAACUGAGGUCAGUUGGGGGGGGGUGUUAUAUAAUAUGUACACUGUGUGUACAAAACAUUAGAAACACUUUCCUAAUAUUGAGUUGCACCCCUUUUGCCCUCAAAGCAGCCUCAAUUCGUCAGGGCAUGGACUCUACAAGGUGUUGAAAGCGUUCCACAGGGAUGCAGGCCUAUGUUGACCCCAAUGCUUCCCACAGUUGUGUCAAGUUAGCUGGAUGUCCUUUGGGUGGUGGGACCAUUGUUGAUACACACAGGAAACGGUUGAGCAUGAAAAAACCCAGCAGUGUUGCAGUUCUUGACCCACUCAAGCUGGUGCGCUUGGCACCUACUACCAUACUCCGUUCAAUCCAUGUCUCCGUUGUCUCGAGGCUUAAAAAUCCUUCUUUAACCUGUCUCCUCCCCUUCAUCUACACUAAUUUGAAGUGGAUGUACAAGUGACGUCAAUAAGGGAUCAUAGCAUUCACGUGGUCAGUUUAUGUAAUGGAAAGAGCAGGUGUUCUUAAUGUUUUGUAUACUCGGUGUAGAUAUCUGCAAAACCAAAGUCUGAUUCAAAAGGGAUAUAGGCUGACAGUAUGUAUUGAAGACGGCCACUAGUACCCUGGGUGUGUGGUGCCCCCAUUUGGUUAGCUUUUCUGGGACAUCGAGUGGGGAGCGGCCUACUAUUCUUGAGAGUGAUGUGCUGAAUGUGGAAGGAAGAAAUUCUUCAUGGUGAAGAAACAUACUAAACACAAGGGAAGAACAACCAGUGGUGUCGUCUUCUCAAUGCCCUCUGCCACAGAUAUGUCCCAAAAUGAACUGAAGCUUCUUCGUGUUUAUUAUUUUAUGUUUUAGAUAAGAUUUCUCUGUUGAAAUAAUAAUGACGCUUAGUAUGAUUUAUGCUUUUCUUGUCAACGCUACAUAAAGGAAAUAUUUGGGGCGUUUCUUGACAAAAGCUGUGUCAAUGUCUCCAUCUACUGUUGAUUUGAUGCAGAUGCGUUCGAAGGACUCCAAUGUUGUAAACGUAAGGGAAAACUGGCCUCCAAAUUGGCCCCAAUUCUGUGUUUUAGUUGCUAGCAGUUUGAGAAAAGCAGUACCCUGAAGAGGAGUGGAUUGAGUCAUUCAGUGUGACGCUGUGAAGAUUGAUGUUAUCGGAAUUUCCAUUCUCUUUAGUGGCUCUUUGCCAUCCUAUGACAGUUUUCACUAUCUGUGGUAGCGCAAAGCUGUGGACCUACAGUGUCUCUACAUUGAUCAUGUAGUAAUGUCUGAUGGUUCUUCUGAAUUAAUUUGAUUGUGAGUAUUAUAUGGUCUUAACACCUUUUUGGUACAUAGUAAUUGUUCCUCCAUGGCAGGAACUGACACUACUUUUAUAACACCCGCUCUCAACCCUUUAAGGCUUGACUUGAUUCUUUAGGACUUGUGACUCAAUGAACCGGUGCUUAGUUUUAGCCCUAGAUUUUUGGGGGCUACAACUGCUUGUCUGACACUCCUCCCGUCGCGCCACAUGUAGUUAUUCUAUUGUGUUUUAUCAUUCAAGAAAAGCUUUUAAGAUUUUUAUUCUCAUGUGAAUUUUCCCUUUUAUAAUAUAUAUUGUAAGGCUUUUAAACGCGUUGCAUUCAAUGUGCCAUGCCACUACCAAAACACACGCCGACACCUGUGUGUGACGGGCGAGGAGAAGGGAAAUCAGAAUGUCCCGUUCUUGUGGUCAUGGAGAGAUCUUGGAGCCUGUUUCAACUCAACAUGGGUCAGGUUCAUCUGGGUUGUCAUGGCCCAGAUGCUUUGGUUUGUAUUUAAAAAUGUGAUUUGUUUCUCUUCACUGUAUUGUGCUCCGAGUUAGGGGAAGUACAGGCCCCGUAGGAGGGCCGUAUUUCUCACCUCUUGUCAGUUUCUAAACAUAUCUCGAAUGUACAAAAAUAUUUGUAAUUUAAAGUCUCUUAAUAGCUGUAAAAAGGUGAGAAAUCAUUUUGUCAAGUACAGUGCUUGUCAUGCGAGGCCAUGAAAUCUAUGUAGAUGUAUCACUUAAAAAAUAAAAUUUGAAUGCAAUGUU